ACACUGACCCUGAUAAUGUUUGCCCAAUUGCCCCUAGACAAGAAACUCCGUGUGAUUAGAAAGGAAAAUUAGGUCUACUUUUAAGUUUAUUGGUUCAAUUUCUCUAUCGGUUUUCUCAGAUCUGCCGAGAAAUCUCAAUUCGAGCCCAAAAACCCAUAAGAAGUCAUAUUCCCGACUUGAGGAGGAGAAGAUCAGGAAACGAAUUUGGUUUCGGUUAGAGAAAAUUUGCGGAGAAUUGUAAUCGGAAUCGAAUUUACGUCGGAAUAUCAGUCUUCAGAGAGAGACAGAGAGAGAGUUGGGUGUCGGUUCCAGUAUGGCGGAAGCGCACUACGUGAUUCCCGCCUCCGUCCUCCGCAACCUUGCCGACAAGCUCUAUGAGAAGCGCAAGAAUGCAGCUCUCGAGGUUGAGGGGAUUGUAAAGCAGUUGGCGUCGGCAGGGGAUCACGAGAAGAUUUCAGCAGUGAUUACUUUGUUGACGAAUGACUACACCUACUCGCCACAAGCUAAUCACCGCAAGGGAGGAUUGAUAGGACUAGCUGCUGCCACGGUUGGGUUAAGUUCUGAAGCAGCUCAACAUCUAGAGCAAAUUGUGCCGCCCGUGCUUAGUUCUUUUUCUGAUCAAGAUAGUAGAGUUCGUUAUUAUGCUUGUGAAGCUCUAUACAAUAUCGCAAAGGUUGUCAGGGGAGAUUUUAUCAUAUUCUUUAACCAGAUUUUUGAUGCCUUAUGUAAACUCUCAGCAGACUCAGAUGCCAAUGUACAAAGUGCUGCUCAUCUUUUAGAUCGGCUUGUAAAGGACAUUGUUACGGAAAGUGAUCAGUUCAGCAUUGAAGAAUUUAUACCUUUGUUGAGAGAGCGUAUGAAUGUUCUUAAUCCAUAUGUACGACAGUUUUUAGUUGGAUGGAUCACUGUACUGGACAGUGUUCCAGAUAUUGAUAUGCUGGGUUUUCUUCCGGAUUUCCUUGAUGGUUUGUUUAAUAUGUUGAGCGAUUCUAGCCAUGAAAUAAGGCAACAAGCUGAUUCUGCUCUUUCAGAGUUUCUCCAAGAAAUUAAAAACUCCCCAUCUGUAGAUUAUGGUCGCAUGGCUGAAAUUCUAGUGCAGAGGGCAGGUUCUCCUGAUGAAUUUACUCGGCUAACAGCUAUCACAUGGAUAAAUGAGUUUGUAAAACUUGGUGGGGACCAACUUGUUCCUUAUUAUGCUGAUAUUCUGGGAGCUAUUCUACCCUGCAUAUCUGAUAAAGAAGAGAAAAUCAGAGUUGUUGCUCGUGAAACUAAUGAAGAACUUCGUGCAAUCAACGCGGAUCCUGCAGAAGGAUUUGAUGUUGGAGCGAUUCUUGCUAUUGCAAGGAGGCAACUAUCUAGCGAAUGGGAGGCUACUCGAAGUGAGGCAUUGCACUGGAUAUCAACCCUUUUAGACAGACAUCGUUCUGAGGUCUUAUGUUUUCUGAAUGACAUAUUUGAUACCCUUCUGAAAGCUCUAUCAGAUCCUUCUGAUGAGGUAGUGCUCCUCGUCCUUGAGAUUCAUGCUUGCAUAGCUAAAGACACAAAACUUUUCCGGCAGCUUGUUGUCUUUUUAGUCCACAAUUUCCGGGUUGAUAAUUCUCUUCUAGAAAAGCGGGGUGCUUUGAUAAUCCGCCGUCUUUGUGUACUUUUAAAUGCUGAAAGGGUCUACCGUGAACUCUCUACCAUACUAGAAGGAGAAUCUGACCUGGAUUUUGCAUCGAUCAUGGUUCAGGCUUUGAAUUUGAUUUUACUUACAUCCUCUGAAUUGAAAGAGCUUCGAGACCUUUUAAAGCAGUCCCUGGAGAAUGCUGCUGGGAAAGAUUUGUUUGUGUCAUUAUAUGCUUCAUGGUGUCAUUCACCUAUGGCAAUUAUAAGCCUGUGCUUAUUAGCUCAAACUUAUCAGCAUGCAAGUGCUGUAAUUCAAUCGCUAGGGGAGGAAGACAUCAAUGUGAAGUUCUUGGUCCAACUGGAUAAAUUGAUUCGUUUGCUUGAAACACCCAUCUUCGCUUAUCUUAGAUUGCAGCUUCUUGAACCUGAUAGACAUAUAUGGUUGUUAAAAGCUUUGUAUGGCCUUCUGAUGUUACUUCCUCAACAAAGUUCUGCCUUUAGGGUGCUACAAAAUCGUUUAAACACUCUACCGUCCUUCAAUAGUGAGCAAUUUAGGCGAGCAUCUUCAGGGAUUGCCUACUCUCAAAUUCUACAUCACAGGUCAAGUGGAUCACAAAUUGAGGAUGGUGACAUUAACCAAGAUGGAAAUUUCAAUUCACAGAAUGGAAUUAACUUCACCUCGAGACUGCAUCAAUUUGAAGACAUGCAACGGCAGCACCGAAUGCAUGUGAAAACACAGAUGCAGUGCGGCAACAAUUCGACUUCAUCGUCAAAGGAGGCGCAAAGACAGGAAGAACCACGGAUACCGUCCACUGCAUCAGAACUGAGCAAUAAUUCUUCGAGAUCAUCAAGGAGAGGGCCAGGGCAGUUGCAACUUUAGGCCUAUUGUACACUGAUCUCAGCCAUGGAUGGGAUCAAUUAUAAUUUGUAAAAUUGUAAAUUUAUUAGUUUGUUUCGUUCGAAUUUAUGGAGGUUGGGUGGGUCAAAAUCAGGUUUUGAAGGCUCCUUGGCUAUUCUUUUUUCCCUGUUUAGAAGCGUAGACGGUGUAUUCCCAUGUGGUUAUGUUGUUUUUGUUCAAAAACCACAUGGGAUGAAGAGCAAAAUAUUUUAUCCGGUAGGAUUAUGCAGUUUUUGUUUAGAUAUCCUUUUAUGGGGAUUUUAUGUAAUAAGUAAUUAGCUUUAGUCAUGUUUCACAUUGUUUAUUGGAAAUAUCAUGCGCAUGUUAUUCUUACA